AUGACAAUUCUUCAGAAACUCUCAUCUAAAAUCCUCUACCUCUCUCUAUUUGCUAGACCCUUAACCUUCCACACGUCCUCCACAUAUGUAGUUCCUUCUGCCUUGUUGAGAUCCAAGAAAAUCGCCAAGCUUUCCACAGUCGAUGCAGACAAAGAUAAGAAGGAUAUCAUCGGAUUAUCUGAUAUCGAUGCUUGCUUGGCGGAAUGCAAGGUUCAGAUCGUAGAAGUUGUGUUAAGGCAGGAGCUCCAAGGAAUGGCAAGGACAGGUCCAUAUCCACCUGAGGCCCAUCCAAAUUAA